UUGUAUUAUAUUAAACUGAACAUCCAAUAUUUACCACUGUACGGAACCAAGUACCAUUUCUUCUGAUCAUGGAGCAGCCGGCUUGCUUGGUCUUGCAAUGAAUCCUGGGAAAAUCAAGGAUAGAGAGGAUACACCGGACCCGUCGUUCAAUUGGGCAAAAUGACGGACGUAUUUUAAGGCCGCAUAACUGGGAGUCUUGGAAUCCGACCAGACCUCGGCUCGCUAUGACAUAAUCGGCCUUCGAAUCUGGCCUUCGGAAGACGCAGCCCAUGAAUUAGAACAGAGCCCAUGUCUUUUACUGUGACCGCCUCAACUACAGACAUAGUGCUGUGCUGCACCUCAAGGGCUCCACAGCGCUAUUUGCCAGGGUGGUGGUGACAGAUCAAUAUCACAUCGGGAGCCAAAAAUCACAAUAUAUCGGCAAAAUUAUUUUUUUUCCCCACACAGCCCUACCACCCAGCCCCUUGAACUCUUUCAAAUUCCCUCACUUUUACACCCUGAAGACUUCCCACAAUUAAUACAUCACUGGACAAAAAGAGAAAAUUCAUAUACCCUUAAAUAAAUGCCAGAAGAAGUCUGCUAGUUAAUAACAUGAGUUAAUCUGCAUCAACAGCAGAUAAGCUUCUUUUAGGAUGAAUAAACAACAGAGCAAAGAGACACUAAAAGAAAAGGUCAAGGGGAUCUUUGGGCUGGGGACACCUCGCCAGCAAACGAAACAAAAUGAUUCCAAGCUGCCUGAAUUCAUUAUUACAGCUGACAUCAUAAAGGAACUCCACCCUGAUUGUGGCCUCAGCAACCGCAUCAGGGUGAUGAACCAGAUAUGUGAGCUGGCAAAAAUAAAAAAAUUUGAAGAGAAUGCAGUGGAGGCUGUUUGGAAAGCUGUGGAGGACAUGCUGUCACCCGAGCAGCCACCAGAGGCCAGGCAUGCUGUCCUUCACCUACUCAAGUCCAUCAUCCAAGGACAGGGAGAAUGGCUUGGUCCUCUUAGGGCCUACUUUUUUAAGGUGGUCAGAGACUACCAACCUUGCAAUGAGGACCUCUCAGAGAGAUUGGAAGUGUUCAAGGCUUUAACGGAAAAUGGAAAGGACAUCACAUACCUGGAGGAAGACAUUGCCCGGUUUGUCCUCCUGUGGAUGGACAUUGGUCUUACCACAGAUUUCCUCCAUGUCCUUGUGAAUCUAGUAAAGUACAACAGCUGCUACCUGGAUCAGAACGUCUCCGUCAUGGUCCAGAAAAUCUGUUUUCUGUGCAACCGAACAACAUCAUCCACAGAUAUAGAGGUGGCGCUUCAGGUCUUGGAUGCGGUGGUUUGUUACAACUGCCUGCCUUCAGAGUCCCUCACUGUCUUUAUUAUAACUCUUUGCCGUACGGUGAAUGUGAAGGAGUUCUGUGAAUCCUGCUGGAAGCUUAUGAGAAAAGUUUUGGGGACUCAUCUUGGCCACAGCGCCAUUUACACCAUGUGUCGGAUCAUGGAAGAGAGGAUGUACAUGGAAGAUGCCCCGCUGCUGAGAGGAGCAGUGUUCUUUGUGGGAAUGGCUCUGUGGGGCGCUCACAGACUCCCUGCUCUGAAAAACACACCGACACUUGUCCUGCCAUCAUUCUACAAGGCCAUGUCAUGUGCCAAUGAGGUGGUGUCGUAUGAGAUCGUCCUCUCUAUCACCAGACUGAUUAAGAAAUACGGCAAAGAGCUGCAGGUGGUCACAUGGGACAUCCUGCUGGGCAUCAUCGAGCGACUGCUGCAGCAGAUCCAGACGAUAGGCAGCCCAGAGCUGAAGACCAUCGUGUAUGAGCUGCUGACCACAGUAGAAGAGCUGUAUGAGCAGAAUGGUUACCAUGGCUCCACGGAAAAGUUCUUCGUUCUUGUGGAGAAAUGUGCCGACAAGAGACCUGACGCGUCGGUGCUGACCCUUAUCUCAUACCGAGCACAGUCCAUUCAGCCUGCAAAGGAUGGCUGGAUCCAGAGCCUCCACUGCCUCAUGGAGAAAUUCUUUAGGAACGAGACUCGCAGCAGGAUCAGGAUCAAAGUGCUUCAUAUUCUCUCUUUCGUUCUCAGCACCAAUCGGCAGCUCUAUGAGGAUGAGCUGAUUGAGAAGGUGGUGAUUCCUCAGCUCAGUGCGAUAGCUGAAGACAGGGAUCCAGCUGUCAGAACACAGGCCACCCAGCUGCUGGUGGACCUUGCUGAGGGUUGUAACACACAUCACUUCACCAGCCUUCUGGACAUCAUUGAGCGGGUGGCAAACCGUCCUCUGGUUUGCUCCGGGUCCCUGGAGGUUUCUGAGAGAGACUCACCAGCUGACUCUCCUAUGGAAGAUGUCAGGACUGCUAUACGGGGCCUGCUGGAGAUCUUGCAGAGCAAACUCUACAGCUUGCCAGCUGGCCAUGCGAGUCGGGUUUAUGAGCUGCUAAUCAGCCACCUGCAGCUUCACUAUAAGAACAAAUACUGCUCAGCUGUCGCUUCCAGCAUCAGACUCCAGGUGUUUGACUUCUUCCUGAUGAUGCGUGCUGACUCUCUGCACCGUGUGGGGGUGCCCAAUAAGGAUGGUGUGAUGAGGUUCAGCCCUUACUGCUACUGUGAUGCAGGGGAACCGGAGAAGCGUAUUUGUGAUAAAAAGCCUGCAGGUUCCAUAUCGCCCCCUGCUGGCAGUCCUGCUCCAGGUGUUGCUCCUCCUGCUUCAACAACCUCCAUUCGUUCAGCCUACCUUCCGUACGUGCCUGCCUUCACCGUCCUCCUGCAGUGCCUCAAGAUGGAGACUGACUGGAAGGUUCUGAAAGUCGUCCUUGAGAAGCUGCCAUGGAUGCUGCAGUUCAAAGUCCUUUUAUUAACUUCAGCGUGCAGCUUGGAUCACCUCUGCUCAACGCUCUGCGCCAUGGUGACGGAUCGUCAGAUUUCAGAGCGUUUGAAAAAGAUGCCAGAGGGUUUCUCGCGCACAGACGUUCAGCUGGCAGUGGUCCCGGUUCUUACAGCGAUAACCUCUUACCACAGCUACCUGGAGCAAUCCAGACAGAGAGAGUUAGUUCAGUGUCUUGAGACCGGCCUCAUUUAUCGAUGUGCCAAACAGUGUGUGGUGGCCCUUACCAUGUGCACGGUGGAGAUGCCUGACAUCAUGAUCAAGCUUCUCCCAGCUCUUAUCGUCAAGCUCACCCACAUCUCUGCUACUGUUGCUAUGGCUUCUCCCAUGCUGGAGUUUCUCUCCACUUUGGUGCGAUUGCCCCAUCUGUACGCCAACUUUGUAGCUGAGCAGUAUGUAAGCGUAUUCGCCAUCUCGCUGCCCUACACCAACCCCUCAAAGUUCAACCAGUACAUUGUAUCCUUGGCCCACCAUGUGAUUGCCAUGUGGUUCAUACGCUGCAGACUGCCCUUCCGCAAGGACUUUGUUCAAUACAUCACCAAGGGUUUGCGCUCCAACGCCCUUCUGCCUUUUGACGACGGACACGAGCAAAGCCCCUUCCGUGCACGAAGCACAAGCCUGAAUGAAAGGCCCAAAAGUCUGCGGGCUGGAAAAGUGGCAAAGCCUUCAGCAUCUGUAGCCAAUAGCAGCAGCUCUCCAGUUAAAGAGCUGAGGGACCUUUCCGCCAUGGAGGCUUUCCGCUCCCGCAGCAUCAGCGUCUCUGAACACGCGGUUCGCAGGAUGCACACUUCAACCACAACCUGCAGCCUGGGCUCUGCUGAUGAAAAUGCAGUGACUCAGGCCGACGAGGGGCUUAAGACAGUCCACCUGGAGCUCACGGAGACUUGUCUUGACAUGAUGGCACGAUAUGUGUUUUCAAACUUCUCUGCUCUGCCUAAGAGGUCUCCUAUUGCAGAAUUUCUAUUAGCCGGAGGUCGCAGCAUGACCUGGUUGGUGGGCAACAAGCUUAUCACCAUCACAACCAGUGGGGGGGUCAGAACACAAGCCUUGCUGGACCUGGAUAUGUCUGAGCGUCUGGGAGGAGGAGGAGGAGGAGGAGAAAUGACGAGGUCAGAUCCGUCACUUCACACCCGAAUGACCAAAGAGGCUCCGGCCAAACUGGAGUCGCAGUCCAGUCAGCAACAGAAUAGGACCGCUCGGACCCGGGUCCGCUCUAGAUCAGGUGGUCAUGCACUGCGGGCUGGUCCUAUUCAGAGUCUCAGUCCUCUAGUUUCUCCCUCAGAAGGAGAGUUGGCUCCUUCUUCUUCUCCCUCCUCUGGCCCCACCUUAGAUGGUGUUGGUCCUCCCUCCUCCACCUCUGCCCCUCUGUCUGCCCCCCCUCCUCUCAAAGACAACCCUAGCCUAGCUGAAUUUGUUCCAAUGCUUACUCAGGGUUGGGCAGAAAUCUUCAUUCGGAGACCUUCAGGUAACACCAGCUGGCUGAUGUGUCUGGAGAACCCACCCAGUCCUUUCUCCUCUGAGCUGGGUAACAUGCCUCUGCAGGAGCUCUCCACUGUGCUGAUGGCAAUGGAGGGAGUAAAGGAGCCUCCUACUCAGACAGCUAGUGCUCCAGCCAGCACAGCCGCUCCAGCGCCAACAUCUGUGUCUGAACCUCUAACUCAAACACACAGUAGUGGUGGCGGAAAGACAAACUUGUUUCAGCGCUCCAACACAGUGGGCGGCUCGCUCUGGUCUCUGGGUAUGGCCAGUGCCCCCCCAGCCCCUCCAGCCCCUGGCAGGUUGCACAGGAGCAUUUCCUGGGCAGACUCGGUGGUGGUACUGGAAGAAGGCUCAGGGGUCACAGCAGAGCACACCCCACUGGAGUGGGUGGAGGUUGAAGAGUUUGAGGCGGUUCCCACCGAGCCCAUUUUCAUGUCUACUGAGAAAGCUCCCUUGCUCAGUAGGUCGUCCUCUACCUCCAGUCAGGAUGAUGAAAAGUCCACUCUGGAAGAAGUGAGCGAAGGAGCGAUUCCCAUCGAUCAGCCCGGUGUUGGUCCUUCCACCCCAGGAAGCCAAGGGCCCGAGCUUCCGUUUCAGAGCCACUCUCAGUCACAGGGCCACGGACUGAACAAGUCUAGCUCGUCCCCGGAGCUACAGACCUUGCCAGAGGCCUUCACCAAAGCAGCUCUGGAGUCUGAGAAAGCUCAGGGGGACAUGUCUCGGCCCAGAGCACCCUCAGAUGGCAAGGCUCAGGCACAGCAGCCUUAUUUAGACAAGGAAAGAGCAGAAGGGAGCACAGGGGUGGACUUAAAUGCACCAGGAGGUUCGGUCCAAGGCGCAGAAAGCUCAGGCUCCUCGUCUCAGGCCGGAGGAGUUGCGAUGAAGUUGGCUUUUCCAGCUGCUCCUGCAGCACCUGGGCCGAUCUCUCCCAGUGGAGGCCACAGACCCCGUGGUCACACAAUCUCUGUGUCAGCCCCAUCCUCCAGGAGGGAGAGGAAGACGGAGAGGGACUCCUACCACAACCGAACUGGGCCCAGCAACACAGAGAAGAUCUCUGGACUUAGUCCCAGCUUUGUCUUCCUUCAGCUGUAUCACUCUCCUUUCUUUGGGAAUGAGGCAAAUAAGCCGCUCUUGUUGCCCAAAACGCAGGUGAUUGAUCGGGCUGUGAAGGUUCUGGACCAAAUGCCUCCUUAUGAUACCCAUAAGAUUGGAGUGGUGUUUGUAGGAGCCGGUCAGGUUAACAAUGAAGUUGCCAUCCUGUCCAAUGAAUAUGGUUCUAAUCGCUACGCAGCCUUCCUCACCGGACUCGGCAAAUUAAUCCACCUGAAGGACUGUGACCCCGACCAGAUCUUCCUGGGAGGACUGGACCAGUAUGGGGAUGAUGGAGAGUUCACCUACUGUUGGCAUGACGACAUCAUGCAGGCCAUAUUCCACAUUGCCACAUUAAUGCCAAAUCGGGAGAGUGACAAAGGCUGCUGUAACAAGAAGCGCCAUAUUGGCAACGACUUUGUCAUGGUUGUCUACAAUGACUCUGGAGAAGAGUACAAACUGGGCACCAUAAAGGGUCAGUUUAAUUUUGUGGAAGUCAUUAUAAAACCGCUGGAUUAUAAUUGCAACCUCGUCUCUCUCCAAUGCCGAAAGGACCUUGAGGGCCUCGUAGACCCAUCGGUGGCGAAAAUCGUUUCAGACCGCAACCUUCCGCUCUUGGUUCGACAGAUGGCUCUGCAUGCAAAUAUGGCUUCUUUGGUGCAUCAGUACAGAGCGAAUCCCUCGGAUGCUUAUGCUUCCAAGUGGCUGGCACGUUUACGGCACAUAAAGAGGAUCCGAACCAGAGCUCAAGAAGACAUCCAGUCCCGCUCUACUCCUGGAAUCUCGCUGACCCAAGGACACGCUCAGCAGAACAAACCAUUUCAGCAAAGCACGUCUGCAUCAAACACCGAGGUGUCCGGGCAGAGAAAACGACUCGUCUCAACAGUUGACGAUUUUACUGAUUUUGUUUGA